AUGGCUACUGAAAGAGGUCUUUAGAUUCGUACAGCAAUUAACAAACAAGGUUGGGAAGAUGCUGAGUUUCCCAUAUUAUGUGAAACCUGCUUAGGAGAUAAUCCUUACGUUAGAAUGAUGAAGGAAAAGCAUGGUCAAGAAUGUAAAAUAUGUACUAGACCUUUCACAGUUUUUAGAUGGAAAGCAGGUACUAAGGGAAGAUUUAAAAAAACAGAAAUAUGUUAAACUUGUGCAAAACUUAAAAACGUUUGUCAAACUUGCAUUUUUGAUUUACAAUAUGGUCUUCCAGUAGAAGUUCGUGAUAAAUUUUUAGCAGAAUAAGCAGUACAUAUGCCAACACAAUAAUCAAAUAAAGAUUAUUUCACUCAUUUAGCAAAUAAUAAUUUGGACUAGCUUUCUCUACCAUAUGAUUAAACUGUAGGAAAUACCAUUCUUGAAAAAGUUGCAAGAUUGAAGCCAUAUUAUGAAAGAAAUAAAGCUAGAAUUUGCAGUUUUUGGGUUAAGGGAAAUUGUACUAGAGGUGAUUUAUGUCCUUACAGCCACGAAAAAAGAGAAAAUUAAGAUGAAGAUGAUCCCUUAAAUAAAUAAAAUCUCAAAGAUAGAUUCCAUGGUAAAAAUGACCCUCUUGCUUAAAAAGUCAUGAAUAAAAUUUAGAAUCACAAAGAAAACGAUAUAAAACCUCCUGCUGAUCCAACAAUAACUUCUUUAUAUAUAGGAAAUAUCACACCAGAUUUCACAGAAUAAGAUUUCCAUUAGAUAUUUGUCAAAUACGGACCAAUAUAAAGCAUUAAGAUUAUUUCUUAAAAAAGUUGUGCUUUUGUAAACUUCAUAGCAAGAAAGGCAGCAGAAGAAGCUAUAAAAGACUUAUAUGGAAAUUUUAAUGUAAAAGGUAUACAAUUAAGUAUAUCUUGGUCAAGAGCAGGUAAAAAUUAAUAGCAACAAAGUGAAUUUUAAGGAUAUAAUAUUUAGCCUCCCUAAGAAAAUCCUCCAUAAAAGAGUUAAACAGAAAAGUAAAUAAAUAAACUUGGAGGAAUAGUAAACUAUAGUGAUGAUGAAGAUAAUGAAGAUAACGAAGAAUAAGGCGGAUAGAAUUGA